AUGGAAGGGGAGCAGAAGGUCUUUGACCAGAAUGCCAAAGAAGAUGUCGCUCUUGAGCAGUUCGGAUACCAGCAAGAGCUCAAGCGCAACUUCGGGAUCCUGGGAAUGAUUGGAUUUUCUUUUUCAAUCAUCACAUCCUGGACGGCAUUGAGCGGCGUUCUGAUCGUGGGAGUAGAAUCUGGCGGCCCUCCGGUCAUGAUAUGGAGUUGGGUCGGCCUGUGUCUCUGCACUCUUGCUGUUGCAUAUUCUAUGGCAGAGCUUUGCAGCGCGUACCCAGUUGCAGGCGGCCAGUACUCCUGGGUUGUUAUUCUGGCCCCAAAGAAAAUCGCUCGGGGCCUCUCGUAUAUCUGCGGCUGGUUCCUCUUAAUCGGAGCCCUUUCUAUGGGGGCAGUGAGCCAAUACAUCGCAGCAAAUUUCGUGCUUGGAAUGGCAAACCUGAGCUAUCCAGAAUAUACCAUAGAGCGCUGGCACACUGUCCUCCUUGCUUACCUUAUAUGCGGUCUCGCAAUGCUCAUUAACAUCUUUACCCCGCAUCUUCUGGACAAGCUAUCACGCGGCAUACUGAUAUGGAACAUCACUGCCUUCUUCGUGAUCUUAAUCACCAUCCUCGCCUGCAACGACCACAAACAAGACGCCAGCUUCGUUUUCGCUGAUUUUCAAAAUACGACUGGCUGGAGCGCUCCCUACGCUGCUAUCCUCGGAAUUCUGCAAAGCGCCUUCGGCAUGUGCUGCUACGACGCGCCUUCCCACAUGGUUGAGGAGAUCCAUGAACCACGGAAGCAGGCUCCCCGCGCCAUAAUCAUGAGCGUAUGGCUCGGCUUCUUCACGGGGUUCAUUUUCCUCAUCGUUUGCUGUUUCUGCAUGGGCAGUCUGGAAGAAACCGCCGGGACGAGCACCGGAGUUCCGAUCAUCGCCAUCUUCUUCAACUCGACCGGCUCGGUGCGUGGUUCUUGCGCUCUAGUCGGCUUGAUGAGCAUAAUCGCGCUUUUCUCCUCCAUAUCCUUGACCGCGGAGGGCGGGCGUACCGUCUACGCUUUUGCAAGAGACCAUGGACUGCCGUUCUCGGGGACGUUGAGCAAGGUCAACAAGAAGUUGCAUGUUCCCGUUUACGCGAUCCUGCUUACUGCAAUCGUCCAAGCGGCCUUCGACUCAAUCUAUUUCGGGACCGUCACUGGAUUCGAUACUGUCAUCUCCAUCGCUACGGAGGGUUUUUACAUGUCGUACGCCUUGCCUCUGUUCGUGCGUCUUCUUUCCCGCGCCUUGGGCCACAAACACCAAGCGCUCGAGGGUCCUUGGUCACUGGGGCGUUGGGGCCUUUUACUAAACACUGUCGGCUUCGUUUACCUUGUGUUCGCGGUCAUCACGUUUAACUUCCCAACGAAGGCACCUGUUACGGAAGAAAACAUGAACUACACCUCUGCAGCUAUCGGAGUUGUGGGUGUGAUUGCCAUUGCCACUUGGAUUACAACUGGACGAAAGCACUUUACAGGCCCACAGACGGAUGUUGUAGUGGACGGGACGGAAGUGCAAGCGCAAGCUUCAGGAGAGGAGGUACCAGAAAAACUCAAAUGA